AUGGAGUUGGGAGAGAGUAAAUGGCUUCCAGGGACUAAUGGUAUUGUAUGUCCGAUUUGUUUAUCAGAGUAUGCGAGCAAAGAGACCAUAAGACUCAUACCGGAAUGUAACCAUUGCUUCCAUGUCGAAUGUAUUGAUGUGUGGCUCAAGAUUCAUGGUUCAUGCCCUCUUUGUCGAAAAACACACGCCUAA